AGCAAACAGCAACAAGCUGAGCUGCUGUGACAGAGGGGAACAAAAUGGCGGCGUGGAGUGGGCGCCUCUGGGUCAGGGCCCAACUGGGGCUCCCGCCGCUGCUGCUGCUGACCUUGUCCCUGGCCGGAGGCUCGGGGACUGCUUCGGCUGAAGCGUUUGACUCGGUCUUGGGGGAUACGGCAUCUUGCCAUCGGGCCUGUCAACUGACCUACCCCUUGCACACCUACCCCAAGGAAGAGGAGCUGUAUGCGUGUCAGAGAGGCUGCAGGCUGUUUUCAAUUUGUCAGUUUGUGGAUGACGGCAUUGAUUUAAACCGGACCAAAUUGGAAUGUGAAUCUGCGUGUACAGAAGCAUAUUCCCAAUCUGAUGAGCAAUACGCUUGCCAUCUCGGUUGCCAGAGUCAGCUGCCGUUUGCUGAACUGAGACAAGAACAACUCAUGUCUCUGAUGCCCAAAAUGCACCUGCUCUUCCCUCUUACUCUGGUGAGGUCCUUCUGGAGCGACGUGGUGGACUCUGCCCAGAGCUUCAUAACCUCUUCAUGGACUUUUUACCUUCAGGCCGAUGAUGGAAAAAUUGUUAUAUUCCAGUCUAAGCCAGAAAUUCAGUAUGCACCACAGUUGGAGCAGGAGCCUACAAAUUUGAAAGAAUCCUCUCUAAGCAAAAUGUCCUAUCUGCAAAUGCGAAGUUCACAAGCACACAGGAGCUUUCUCGAAGAUGGAGAAAGUGAUGGCUUCUUAAGAUGCCUCUCACUUAAUUCGGGGUGGAUUUUAACUACUACGCUGGUCCUCUCGGUGAUGGUAUUGCUCUGGAUUUGUUGUGCGACUGUUGCGACAGCGGUGGAGCAGUAUGUUCCCUCUGAGAAGCUGAGUAUCUACGGGGACUUGGAGUUUCUGAACGAACAGAAGCUAAACAAAUACCCAGCGUCUUCUCUGGUGGUGGUUAGGUCUCGACCAGAAGAUCAUGGAGAAGCGGGACCUCUGCCCACAAAAGUAGGCCUUGCUCACUCAGAGGUUUGAGCUGCUGUUGUUCUUUUUAAAUAAAGGCGUAAUCGACAUCCAACUUUCCACAUCUGAUAGAGCUUUUGAAAUAGUUUCAUUGGACAUAAGCCUUAAGAAAUCACUAGAAAGUUCAAAUAAAGUUACCCAAAUCUUUAAACACUG